AUGGAAGAAGUAAAGAGAAUAGCCGACGUUUUGGAACUGCGAGUUUCUAUCGUAUCAAGCACCAUCUUGCAGAUACCACUUAUCAUUUGGCCUUACCUUCUAAAAUUAAGUUCAUCUCAUCCUUGUCUAAGAAUCAUUUGGCUUGCCAUUUAUCUUGCAAUAGACUUUCUGGCAACACUCUCUCUGGGAAUCAUUUUCCAUGUAAACAUGGACCCAAAUCAAAGUGACACUGCUAGUCCCCAAAACAAGUACUUGUUGGCCAUCUGGGCACCACUCGUUCUUCUUCACCUAGCCACUCACAGUACAGUCACAGCCUUUUCUUUAGCAGACAAUGAGUUCUGGCUGACUCACAUUAUUAGAUUUGUGUAUCGAGUGAUGACCGCUUUGUCAAUCUGCAUUCUUGCUUCCAGUGAAAGACAACUUCUUUUCACUUCCAUAACUUUGUUCGUUGCCAGUACCUUAAAAUUUGGUGAGCCCGUUUGGGCGCUUAAACGUGUAAGCAUGGAUGGGUUGAGGAGAUCCACAUUCAAGGAACCCGACACCGGGCUAAGCAUCAGAGACAUCAUGCACAAUAUUGCAAACAAUAUUAAUAUUGUUGUUGCAAACAGACGCGGCAAUGUGGAAGUCGAUAACCAUAUUGACAUACGUGAAGACCAGCCUGCUCAUCCAGACGUGUCCUCCCCAAAUAUUGAAGUAAGAUCCCUAUGUGCUGCUUAUCAAACUUUCAACAAAUACAAAAAUUGUUUAUAUCACGACUGUUGUUUGUAUGUAAAUGGGGAUGAGCAAGCUCGAGGAUGGCCUUUUAGAGAGAUGGACAUCUCAAAUGCCUGCAAUUUGAUGGAAAUGGAGCUCAGCUUCGCAUAUGACCUCUUGUACACCAAAAGGGUCUUCUUGCACUCCAUUUGGUGUUGGACUUUUCAAUUGGCAGUCCUACUUUUAAUUGCCUCUGCUUUUGGGGUCUUUGCUCAUAUUGAUAAGAGUGGAUUUGUUGACCGAGACGUGAGUUGUGGUGAGUGGGCACUCAUAAAGUUCUUCACGAACCAAAUGAUUCGUGGAGGUUUAGCUGGCUUGUCAGAGCAACAAGAAAACAGAGCUUAA